AUGUGGAUUGGUUUGGAAGCUGUUGGAAAUAAUAUAACAGGUAUUGGCGAUUACGAGUGGCUAUGGCCUGAUACUUCAAGUUUCUCUCAACAAUUUAGCAACUGGGAAAAAUUUAAUCCGCUGAUAACCGGAGAUCCGCAAUCCGGCAAAUGUGUUACUAUUAAUAGUCAAACUCUUUUAUGGACUAACCGGCGCUGCUAUUCAUUUUAUCCAUUUCUAUGUGAACAAAAGCUCAGAUGUCCUAUAGACUGGUUGCAAAUUGGUGAAAGGUGUUAUCUACCUUCAUCAACGAGUUAUAAUUCAUGGUCUAAUGCAUUCGCAUACUGCAUGGAUUUGAAUGCUAGUUUAGCCAUUGUCCAUGAUCAAUCUGAAUAUGAAUUUGUCAAGAGCCUAGCUUUAUCGACAGAUAAAUCGAUGUGGAUCGCUCUUAAAUCGAACAUGAGUGGACUACAGUGGAUAAGUGAAGACCAAUAUCAACUACAUCAACAUCCUAAUGCAAAGGAUAUUUGCAUGGUAGCCAAUGUAAGCAAUGGUAUCAUUUACUGGCAGUUGCAAAAAUGUCUAAACAUUCAUUAUUUGUAUCCACUUUGCAUGCGAGGCGCAACAUCACCGGACGGUACCAAUAUUAUUUCGAAUAAGCAAACAGAUGCUAUCUUAAAUUCGAUUGGAACAAAGCAGUUCCGUUUAUGUUCUAACAAUUGGCUUCUAUAUGAAAGAUACUGUUUUAGAUUGAAAGGUACUAAAAUAAAAAAUUCAUUAUCUGAGAAUUAUUGUCAAGAUACAUUGGCUUCUUAUCCUGCCAUUAUUCUGGAUCAAACCCUUGAAACCAUGAUCACUUCAAUGCUAAGUGAUGGAGAUGAAGCUUGGAUCGGCUUGCAGUACAAAUCUGGUUUUUUUUCGUGGUUCGAUAAUAAAACGAUGCUUAACUAUUCUAACUGGGCAAAAGGAGAGCCAAGGUUGCUUAAUGAAAGUCGAUGUGUAACUUUACAAAGGCAUAAUGAAUCCAAGAGCUAUUGGUAUACUCGAAAUUGUGAAGAAAAAUACGCAUACAUUUGCCAAAGACUCGGGAAAACCUUUGAAUGUCCAAAGUCUUGGCUUAUGAAUGAUUCCAGCUGCAUUAAAAUUUUUUAUGCAAAGUUAAGUUUUCAUGAAGCACGCGAAUUAUGUCGUAUUCAUAGAUCGGAUUUGGUUAUACUUUCUCCAGAAAUUCGAAGUUUCGUGGAAAAUCUAAUACCAUAUGAAAUGAAAAUUAGAUUUCGAUCAAUUAGCUAUACCAAUCAGUCUUUUUGGAUUGGAUUAUACAAAAAAUCCAGCGAAGUUUAUAUGUGGAUACAAAGUAGAUCUCUUGAUCACCUCGUGGUUACAAAAUUGAAAGCCAACUCUAGCGAAACUACCCAUCGAUGUGUGAUUAUGAAAUAUAUGAAGGAAACAGAAUCCUGGGAAUGGUAUCCAGCAAAUUGCUUUCAUUAUAAAGCCUACCCGAUCUGUCGAAAAACGUUAAUAAUUACAGAAACAGAAAGUACAACGCCAUCACCAGCACCUUCCGAUUCAACUGUUGCUUUCAUUUCUAGUGCAGAAUCCCUCUCUACAUCCAGUUUGGCAUCCAAUUUAAUAUCUAAUCAAACAUUAAGUUCAAUACAUCAAAACGACUUUACGGAAAAAAUAAAUUAUAUUGAAUUGGUAGAAAAGACUGGAUUACAAUUAGCACAGAAUUUACCCACUAAUUCCAGCAUGGUGCAAUCAUCCUAUCACGAUGAGGCUUUAGGGGUUUAUUAUGUUCUUGUAAAUGCUUUGAAAAGCAAUGGCAGCCAAAUAACUGAUAUUAAAUUAGAAAAGCAAACCUUACGGUUAUUAUCUACAUAUUAUGGAUAUCCACUGAGAGUUAGAAUACCUCUAAUAGUGGUCCCUACUGAACCUAGCGAGAGAUAUCAAGUGGCUUUAGGAAUAUAUAAAACUACUCCGAUUCAAAUUGAAAGCAGUAAAUUGCCAUUAAUGCAGCAUUCCAUAUCAUGCAACAUUAAACCCUUAAUAAUGGGAAGAUUUCCAGAUCCGGUCAUAUUCUAUUUUAAAAUUACUCUGAAUACUACAAUCCAACCCUUGUGUGCCUAUUGGAAGGAGAAACACUGGGCAACAGAUGGGGUAGAAACUCAGCAAGUAAACAGUACCAUCGUUAAAUGUAUAGCCUAUCAUCUAACAAGCUUUUCUGUCUUACUGCAAACUGACAGUUAUAAGAAACUUUUAAGCAUUUUAACUUAUGUUGGACUAUCUACUUCUUUAUUUUGCCUCAUUCUUACACUUCUAACCUUUACAAUAGUCAGGCGAUUCUAUAGUAUCCGAGGCGUAGUCCAUGCUAACUUGGCAGCAUCUCUAAUCAUUUCGACUUCUGUUUAUAUAGCUGGAAUUCAAAAAACCGAUAACGAGGUUUUAUGUCAAAUCAUUGCCGUUGUGCUUCACUUUUCAUUUUUGGCUUCUUUUUCUUGGAUGUUGGUUGAAGGAAUUGUGACCUUUAAAAUGUCUAUCCAUUGGACGGAGAAAAUGGCUUCUUGUAUAAUAUAUGUCAUAAUUGGAUGGGGCACACCAUUUAUCAUUGUCCUUGUUGCUUUCCUGUUGAGAAAAGAAUUUUAUGGGACCAGUAAUUAUUGCUGGAUAGCUCCUGGCAAUUUUUUAUUAUUUGCUUUUGGAAUUCCCGGCUUAGUGACUAUAGGUAUUAAUCUUAUUUUUAUGAUUCUGAUUACUCGAACUUUGAUGGGAAUCCGCGCAAUGGCAAACAAAUCCAAGAUUCAGAAGACAAGGGUGUCAUUAAGGGCUUCGAUUGCUUUGCUACCUCUGCUUGGAAUUACUUGGAUUUUUGGCUAUGUAGCAAUUCAGAAUAAGACUGUAGUAUUCUCCUAUAUCUUUGUUAUAUUAAACUCUUUGCAGGGGACGUUUGUAUUUUACUUUCAUUGCUUAAAGUAUAAAGGUGUGAAAAAAUUCUAUAAAUCCUGCAUUAUUAAAUGUCGAAACGUUUUCGCUACUACCCAGACUUCUAGUAGUAUUGGAAUCCAGGGUUCCAGAGCACAUAUUAACAUCGCUCUAUCGGAAGACGAAAAUUUAGUGUAUAUCAUAGCUAAGUUAAAGAUGCAUUGA